UGGUUGGGGUUUUGGGGGAGGAGAUCCGCUCACACACAAGAGGAGAGUGUUGAGCCGCCAUAUCUGCUGCCGCCGCCGCAGUUGCGAAUGCAGCAUCCGCACCUAGCUGCUUCCGCCGUGGCGCUAAGGUUCGUGCAGCUACCCGUUGGCCCUUAGUUCUUUCUGCCUUAACCCCGCCCGCAUAGCCCGCUCUUCUGGCCUGUCUGUCUGGCUCCUCUGUCACGCUCCAGGUCCACAGACCAUGGAUCCGGGCAGCAGCUGCAGCGAUUCGGCGCCCGACUGCUGGGACCAGGUGGACAUGGAAACCCCGGGUUCGGGCCCGAGUGGGGGUGGAAUCUUCUCAGCAGUGGCGGAGGCCCAGAGCGAGCAUCUCAGCUCGGCCUUCAGCCGUCAGCUCAACGUCAACGCCAAACCCUUCGUGCCUAACGUACACGCCGCGGAGUUCGUGCCGUCCUUUCUGCGGGGCUCGGUGCAGCCGCCCAACCCCCUGGCCGGCUCAGCCAGCAAUGAUGAAACCUGCACCGGCGCGGGAGACUUUCAAGAACCUGUUGUAGAAAAUGGAGAGGUGGAAAUGGUCCUAGAAGAAUCAUGGGAGCACAGUAAAGUAAGUGAAGCAGAGCCUGGGGGCUGUUCCUUGGGAGAUUCAGGGACCCCUGAAGAAGGUGGCCAGGAAAUGAUGGAGGAGAAAGAGGAAAUAAGAAAAUCAAAAUCCGUGGUCUUACCAUCAGGUGCUCCUAAGAAAGAACACGUAAAUGUGAUAUUCAUCGGGCAUGUAGAUGCCGGCAAGUCAACCAUUGGAGGACAGAUAAUGUUUUUGACUGGAAUGGUUGACAAAAGGACACUUGAGAAAUAUGAAAGAGAAGCUAAGGAAAAAAACCGAGAAACUUGGUAUUUGUCCUGGGCCUUAGAUACAAAUCAGGAAGAACGAGACAAGGGUAAAACAGUAGAAGUGGGUCGUGCCUAUUUUGAAACAGAAAAGAAACAUUUCACAAUUUUAGAUGCCCCUGGCCACAAGAGUUUUGUCCCAAAUAUGAUUGGUGGUGCUUCUCAAGCUGAUUUGGCUGUGCUGGUAAUCUCUGCCAGGAAAGGAGAGUUUGAGACUGGAUUUGAAAAAGGUGGACAGACAAGGGAACAUGCAAUGUUGGCCAAAACAGCAGGGGUAAAACAUUUAAUAGUGCUUAUCAAUAAGAUGGAUGAUCCCACAGUAAAUUGGAGCAGUGAGAGAUAUGAAGAGUGUAAAGAAAAACUAGUGCCAUUUUUGAAAAAAGUCGGCUUCAGUCCAAAAAAGGACAUUCACUUUAUGCCCUGCUCAGGACUGACUGGAGCAAAUAUUAAAGAGCAGUCAGAUUUGUGCCCUUGGUACACUGGAUUACCAUUUAUUCCAUAUUUGGAUAAUUUGCCAAACUUCAACAGAUCAAUUGAUGGACCAAUUAGGCUGCCAGUUGUGGAUAAGUACAAGGAUAUGGGCACUGUUGUCCUGGGAAAGCUGGAAUCAGGAUCCAUUUUUAAAGGCCAGCAGCUUGUGAUGAUGCCAAACAAGCACAAUGUAGAAGUUCUUGGAAUACUUUCGGAUGAUACUGAAACUGAUUUUGUAGCCCCAGGUGAAAACCUCAAAAUCAGACUGAAGGGAAUUGAAGAAGAGGAGAUUCUUCCAGGCUUCAUACUUUGUGACCCUAGUAAUCUUUGCCAUUUUGGACGCAUGUUUGAUGUUCAGAUAGUGAUUAUUGAGCACAAAUCUAUCAUCUGCCCAGGUUAUAAUGCGGUGCUGCACAUUCAUACUUGUAUCGAGGAAGUUGAGAUAACAGCUUUAAUCUCCUUGGUAGAUAAAAAAUCAGGAGAGAAAAGUAAGACACGGCCCCGCUUUGUGAAACAAGAUCAAGUGUGUAUUGCUCGUUUAAGGACAGCAGGAACUAUCUGCCUCGAGACAUUUAAAGAUUUUCCUCAGAUGGGUCGUUUUACUUUAAGAGAUGAGGGUAAGACCAUUGCAAUUGGAAAAGUUCUGAAAUUGGUCCCAGAGAAAGACUAAGCAAUUUUCUCGAUGCCUGUGCACCAUACUGUGAAGAGAAUUGACUGCAAAAAGUUCACCACCUUCUCUUACUUACUACCCAUUGACAGACUUUUCUCCAUAUUUUGCAGAGAUAUUUCACAGCAAAAAUCUAUGUUUGGUCAGCUUUCUCAUGUUGAGAUCUCAGUUGUCACUGUUGAAUUUAGCCUCAAGUUUCCUCCCCUCUACCACUCUGCUUCCUUGGACAGAUCAGUAAUAGCUUUGUGAUGUGGAUGUAAUUGCCUAUAAUAAUGAAAAAUUAAUAUAUUUUUUAAUUUUUCAUUUUCCUUUAGGAUAUUAGACAACCCUUGUUCCACGCAGACCAAUCAGAGUGUGUCAGUGUGUGUAUACAUGUUAAAAAGGCAACUAACAUGAGAAUAAAAUACUCUAUUUGAAACUC